GCCGUCCCCGCCAUCGCCGUUUGAAUCGCCAACCCCCGUACGGACCGGUGAAACGAACGAGGUAUUUUCAAAGGGGAAAACAAAAGAAUGCAGUGUGCUUCUGCUCGUUAUGUGCAUACAGUUGUACGAGGUAAUCAGAUUUCAGACUUGGUGUCAGCAGGCUGGACAGAUGAGACGCACACGCUUUACAUAAGGUCCAUGGAAGCUUCUUUCAUGGAUCAACUCUACAAUCAUGGACGCAAAGCGAACUACAAGGAUUCGACAUUUCAGCAGACCAAUGCUUGUGCUCCAGACCGUGGCAAAUGCCACCUGCCUGCGAGCCCGUGGAUUCGACAUUUCAGACCACGUGAAUGCAGCAGUAAUACAGGAGGUGGUGGCGAAGAAAUUUCAGUGGGUGAUCAGGAAUCGGGUGUCCGAACUGUCCAUGGGAGGACUUCGCUGUUGCAUGGAAGGGAAUUGGGAACUUGCAAGGCAGAAAACCUUCUCGCUGAAAAUGCAGAGGUCUCUGAUCAGAACUUUGCUGAUGAUGAGGGGGUAGUUGAUGCAGAAUCAAGUAAGGCAUGCAAGAAAAGGAGAUUAAGCAAUACUUACACGUACUGCGACUGAAUGAUCAAGUGAAUUCACAUGAUUAACUAUAUUAGUCAGUUGCAAACGUUAUGAAAAGCAACAAACUCAGUUACCCAAAAGAGCUUGCUUGCUACCUCAAAAUCUAUUGGGAAAUUGGAGCAAGGAUGCUCUGAAGUAAAACAUGACAGAGUAUUUCUCAGUAGAUGUGCAACCAGUGAGUACCGAGGAGUUAAAGUGUUGGCGUUUUAACAGAUUAGAUUCUUCUGGUUAAGUAUCUGUCUAUUUUGCAGUUUCCUUGAGCUUGGGUAGUCCACUCUAGUGUCACUAUCCUGUUAGGCAACUCGUUCACUACUGUAGUUAGGUAAUAUGGUUUAUUUUAUUAGAUAUAAGUGUAAUGCAUUUGUUGUUGCUGUGUGUCUGACGAUUGCUUCUUUCAAUGUGAAUGAAGUGUUCAUGUUUGUUUGCA